GUCCAGCCUGAUCCUCACGAAGGAGAACUCCCGCACCAAUCGCGACGAUCUCCAGGGACUCAUCCCGCGGCACAACCGGGGCCCCCUGCUAUGCCCCAAACGGCAGAGGGCCGACUGCGCCCUCUUCCCCGACCCCUGGACGGGCUGCGGGGAGCUGCCCCGGGAGGUCUCGCACCCCGAGCUGACGGAACUCGGCUCCUCGCUGACCCGCUUCGGGGUGGAGCUGUACCGGAGGUGGCUGACACCAACCCCGCCGUUAACAUUGCCCUGUCUCCCGUCAGCGUGGCGGCCGCCCUGACCCACCUCCUCCUCGGCUCCCGGAACGAGACGCGGAAGAACCUGGAGGAUACCCUCCACUACAGCGGCCGCUUCCUCCCCUGCGUGCACCGGACCCUCAGCCAGCUCCUCAACCGGUCCAGCACCCUGACCUCGGCCUCCCAGCUCUUCUACAGGGAAGGUCUUUGCCUCGAACCGAACUUCAUAGACCGGUCCACCCGGUUUUACGCACAGGAGCCGGAAGCCCUGACUUCGAACGCCACCGAGAACAUCCGGGCAAUUAACGACUGGGUGUCCCAUCACACGGAGGGGCUCAUCCCCAAGCUGGUCGACAGCGUCCCGGAUGACGUCGUUAUCAUGAUCCUCAACGCCGUCCACUACGCAGGGAGGUGGAAGAGCAAGUUCGACAAGAGCCUGACGAAGGAAGAGGACUUCUGGCUUUCGUCCAAGGAGAGCGUGCGGGUCCCGAUGAUGCAGAGUGUCUCGUACCCGCUGACCGCCGUCUACAGCUCCGCCCUCAAGUCCGAGGUGGCCAAAUUUCAGUUGUUUGGCAAGAACAGUUUCAUUGUAAUCGUGCCCCAGGAGAACGACCAGACGCUCCGCGACCUGGAGAUGUCGCUGAAAGCUCAGGAUUUAAAGAAGGUGGUUGACACACUGUAUCAGACAAAUAUCUUCCCCAGGAACGUGAGGCUGCCGCGUCUGAAGAUAGACUUCACACAGGAACUUCUGCAGCCCCUGAGUGGGAUGGGGUUAAACGACGCCCUCUUCUCCCCCAACCUGUGCGGUCUGACCGUCGGCUCGGACAUGUACAUCAGCUCGGCCACCCACCGUGCGUUCAUCUCGCUGGACGAAGACGGAGUGGAGGCGGCUGCCGGCACCUCCUUGGCCGUCGGCCGGACCAUCGCCAUGUUCGAGGCCACUCGGCCCUUCCUCUGGCUGCUCUGGGACGACGAGCUGGGGUACCCCAUUUUCAUGGGCAGGGUCCUGAAUCCCCUCCUUUAAUGCCCACCCCUCUCCCUCCCUCCCCUCACCGUCCCCCUUCCCUCACUCAGCCAGCCUAUUCACUUCUCCCUCUCUCACUCCCCCCCCCCCGGCGCGCCCUGCCGCAUAUUUACCCCCUUCUGUAGGUACGAGUAUCACCUGCCUCGACAGCAGGGAGACCCUUCAGCCCGUCAAUAGCUUGGAGUCCUAUCCACAUUCCCCUCACCCCAACCCCGUAAUCUCUCCGCAACUCCCCUCCAACACGAACCAUCGCGCUCUUUGGGCACGGCCUGACAUCUCAGUCCCCACAGCCCGACACUCCCUUUCCCACCCGGUCAGAUCCCUCCCCGGGGAGGGCGGCUGUCAGGACCGAGCGGUCCCACCUCCUGCUCUUUGGGCACGGCCUGACAUCUCAGUCCCCACAGCCCGACACUCCCUUUCCCACCCGGCCAGAUCCCACCCCGGGGAGGGCGGGAGCCACUCAGUCACCCCUCCACCUGCAGGCCCCUCACCGGGUGACCGCCCCCGUUCCCAAAUCGUUCCGGUUCGUGCUGCAGACUGACCAGUUACUCUGAAUUAAAAAUAAAUUCAGGA